AACUAAACAUUUCAGCAUAACUAAAAACAUAUUGAGACGGAACACAGCUCCACACAGAGCUGGAAACACACAAAGCAGAGAGCUGCCCAAAGAGAGCUUCGAGGAGACAUUCGAGCAUCCAUUUCAGCAGCAAUAUAUUUUGGUCGCAAGUCAGCCUUAAAAGCGUUUACGCAACCCAAGGCAACGCAAUGGCAUUUAUUGCACGACGCAAUGACAAGGGGAAACGUGUGGAGCAGAACCUGCUGUCUGGCAGAGCUGCAGCUGGACGCGACAGUCCAAUGCCCAACUGGGGAGCCCAAAGUGAUAAUGAUGAGUCCGAUGCGGGACUAACCGAUCGUACGCUUGUGGCUGAAGCCGAUACCGAUACCGACACCGAUACCUCAUCCUGCACUCUGGUGGGGGAUCGCGGGGAUGUUGGUGAGUAUCUGGAGAGCGACGCUGAAACCCUGAAGAACUUCUGCCAGGAGUUGGAGGAGGAUGAGGCCGCUGAUGCAUUGACUGGACUCCACAUCGAUGGCAAUGAGUCGCCCAUCGAGGAGGAUUGGCUCAGCGAGAGCCCCACCCUUGUGCAUGCCGAUUCCAUCGGCGACUGCAGCGACCUCGGCGACUAUCAGGGAGAUUCUUCACCCACUGCUUCCGCUUCGGUGUCUUCGCAGUCCAUGUUCAGCUGGACCAAUGCCUAUGCCGAUGUUCUUGAGCCAUCGAAGGGUGGUGACCGCUUUUUGCCAUCACUGAACCUGGAGAGCAGCAGGCUGCAGACCGGCAGACUGCCGAGCGGCAAGCCAGAGAGCGCCAAGCCGAACGUCUCUGCCAGCUGCAAGAGCAGCGAGCAAAAGGAGUGCGAGAGAAAGCUGCGCUAUGAGGAGUGGGUGCAGCGCAAGAAUGAACAGAAGAAAGAGGAUCUGUUGGCCAAGAAGCGUGCGAGUGAAAGACUCGAGAGACUGAACAAGGAGCGCAUGGAGCAGUCCGAGCAGAAGGUCAGAGAGUGGAACCUUAAGAAGGCGCAACUCCUCCAGGAGCAGCGAAACAAGAAACCUUUGACCAUCCCCAAGAAGUCCAGCACCACCUCGGUGCCCACCAAUGCGAGCCGUCCCAGAGAGACCCCAGAGGAGCGCAGGCAGCGCCUUCAGGUGUUUGAGCGCAGCAGGGCCGCCAGAGAGCAGCGCCUGGCACGCGAGCAAGAGGAGAAGGAGCAGCGCAUUCUGGCGCGCCGUCAGUUGGCCGAUGGCGCCUUUUCCCGCUGGAUGGAGAACGUACACACCCGCCCCAAGCCCGUGCCCUUCAACCAGGGCUUCGACUCGCUCCGCGGCACUGCCUCGAAGAUUUACAUCAAUCCCAAGGAGUGGGACUCCAGCAUUGACCCUCCGUCAGAUGCUCGCGACGUCUAGUCAACCGACACACAACCAAAAAAAAAUUUUAUUGUUUUAUUGAAAUUUUAACAUUGUUUUGGAAUCGAAAUUUGCAACAACAACCACAACAGGCCGCAACCCCACAACAGCCGAACAGAGAUGAGGCAUCAAUAACAUUGGAUUGAAUAUUGCAGACCCAAGACCUUCGCUUUGUGUUUGUGCUUGUCCAGGAGGACACCAAAAUAGAUGUUCCACGUUCCAAUUGGUAACCGAUGGAUGGUUGAUGGCUGAUGGGCGACGACUUUCCGUCGCUGGGUUGCGCCUCACUUUCGCCACUCAAAAAUUCAAACUCUAUUUUUCGUUUGCUAAAUUCAAAAAAAUCAAAAUAAAUUGCGGCAAAUGCAACAAUUUAA